AUGCACAACGGCGUCAUCUCAAACUUCUCGUCCAUCCGGCGCGACAUGACAUCCCUCCUCUCCUUCGACGCCUACUGCAACGUCCUCGGCAGCACAGACUCCGAACACGCCGCCGCCCUCUACAUGACCAACCUAACCAACAGCAGCACCAAAGAAGCUUGGGAGAAACCUUACCCCCUCAAGAAGAUGCUCGAAGCCAUGCAAAAGACCGUCGUUCAAAUCCUCACUUUGCAAAAACGCACGCUGGGCGAAGCCAACACCCCCAAUUCCCUCAACUUCUGCACCACGGACGGAACGAAAAUGCUCGCCAUCCGCUUCCGCAACCACGUCUCGCAGCAGCCGCCCAGUCUGUAUUGGUCUGAGUUUGCGGGUCGCACGCUCAAUACAAAGUUCCCCGGUGACCCGGAUAGUAAGUAUGGCGGGAGUGCGGAUGCGGGACGGGAGAUUGGUGAGGCUGGUGCGAUGGGCAAGCAUACGAUCAUCGCGUCGGAGCCAACGACGUAUGAUGAGAAGGAGUGGAAUUUGAUCAAGAGGAAUUGCGCGUUGAUGGUCGAUGAAGAUGGGAUUGAGAGGGAGGUCGAGAUCGAGUAUGAUGAGGGGUUGAAUGCGAGGGAUCCGAAGUUUGAUGGCCCGGCUGAUGCGGAUGGUGGGAAGUAG